AUGCUCAAUCACGUACGUCGCCAUUUGGGUCAGACUCCUUAUGCCUGUGGAUAUGGAUGUGGGAAAAGUUUUGUCAAUAAUGCUCAGAAGAAUGCGCAUGAGCUGAGACAUACUGGUUCGAAGCGUAGCGGACCGCCACGACCAUACCUGAAACCUCCUAAACGUCAUGUUUGGAAUAAAGCUAUCUCAAAACCUGAAAAUCGACCGCGACAAAGCGAUGAAGAACGAGCCACAAUGGUUGAUUUUGCACCUCCUGUUGGGCAAAUUGAGCCACCCAUCUCAGCUGCUGCAAGCAAAAGGCUUGAUGAAGUGAUUCAGUCUGUGAUCACUGGAAUCCCUAUAAAAAAGCGCAAGACUAGACCAGUUCGUGCUCCAAUGCUUGUGCAGUGUCAAGUCUGUGGUCUCAUGCUCAAGCAUGCAAGCAAAAUUAAGGCAAGGGAUUGA